AUGUCAUCUCCUCUCCGCUCCUUUGAGGAAGACGAGGGCAUGGUGGUUAAUUCCGAGGGAGGGGAUUUUGAUGAAGAAGACGACGAGGGAGACCUAGACGAAAACGACAUCAACUCACCGGCAACGCUACGGGAAACGGCAACAGCCACCUCCGCUGCAGCCGCCGCGCCAGGAGACGAGUGUAAUUUAUCAGACAGAGAAGUUCCCGUAAAGAAAAAAGGUCGUCCGAAGAAAAAGGACGCCAAGAAGAAAGAUGGAAAAGCAGUUAAAACAAAAAAGCGGAAAAAGAUAGACAGUGAUAUAGAAAGAGACUCAGAUCGAGACAGAGACUUUGGGAACAAUUCGGACAGUUUGGCCAGUGACUAUGGAUCUGGGGACAAAAAGAAAAAGAAGAAACAUAAAGAAAGGAAGGAAAAGAAAACAAAAAAGAAGAAAAAAGAUGAUGGAGACCGGGACAGCAGUCAAGAGGAGACGACAAAGCAACCCAUUGAGCAUAAAACGUCAGCUCAGCUGGCAAAAGAGUGGGGUCUGGAGGAUGUUGAUCAUACCUUCACAGAAGAGGACUACAGAGAACUCACAAAUUACAAAGCCUUCAGCCAAUUCAUGCGGCCAAUGAUUGCAAAGAAGAAUCCUAAAAUCCCCAUGUCAAAGAUGAUGACCAUCCUGGGGGCCAAAUGGCGAGAGUUUAGCUCGAACAAUCCCUUCAAAGGAAAUGCUGCAGCAGUUGCAGCUGCUGCAGCCGCAGCUGCCAUCGCUGUUGCGGAGCAGGUCUCUGCAACCACUGCUUCUCCAGAACCACCUCCACAGCCUCCGCCCAUCCGCAAAGCCAAGACCAAAGAGGGCAAAGGGCCAGGCUAUAAGAAGCGCAGCAAAAGUCCACGUGUCCCAGAUAAGAAAAAAGCUCUUGCAAAGGCUAAAAAGAUGACACCCAUUCGUAUCAAGCUCUCACCUCUCGGCGCCAAGAGGAAAAGGAGUUGCUCUAGUGAUGAAAUGGACGAGGAGGAAUCAGAGCAGGAGGACUCCAGUGUCCACAGCGCCUCAGUUCGAUCCGACAGCUCGGGGCGGGUCAAGAAGAACAAGCGUGGACGGCCUGCCAAGAAGAAGAAGAAGAUUAGUAAGCAAAAACCCACAGACCUGCUUUCUGUUCCUGGUGAGGAGGAGGCGGACGGCUACGAGACAGACCACCAGGAUUACUGUGAGGUGUGUCAGCAGGGCGGAGAGAUCAUCCUGUGUGACACAUGUCCCAGAGCCUAUCACCUCGUCUGUCUGGAGCCUGAGCUUGAGAAGGCCCCCGAGGGAAAAUGGAGCUGUCCACACUGUGAGAAAGAGGGCAUCCAGUGGGAGGCUAAGGACGAUGACUUUGAGGACUUUGAGGAGGACAGCGAGGACCGGGUGAUUUCGGAGGUGAGCGUUGGCAUGGUGACCGGGAACGAGGACGAGGACGACGACCACAUGGAGUUCUGUCGAGUUUGUAAAGACGGCGGUGAACUGUUAUGCUGCGACACUUGCACUUCUUCGUACCACAUCCACUGCCUCAACCCACCGCUGCCAGAGAUCCCCAACGGCGAGUGGCUGUGUCCCAGAUGCACCUGUCCACCAAUCAAAGGUCGAGUUCAGAAGAUUCUCCACUGGCGGUGGGGUGAGCCUCCUCCUUCUAUCCCAGUCCCACCUGCUCCCGAUGCACCCCCAGAUGCCCCCCCUCUGCCCCCCAUGAAAGGCAGAGCCGAGAGGGAGUUCUUUGUGAAGUUGGCUGCUCAGUCCUACUGGCACUGCACAUGGAUCACAGAGCUGCAGCUGGAGAUUUUCCACUCAGUGAUGUACCGAAACUACCAGAGGAAGACAGACAUGGACGAGCCACCCAGUCUUGAUUACGGGUCAGGGACUGAGGAUGAGAAUGGAGUGGUGAAGAGUGAGAAAAGAAGGGCCAAAGAUCCGCAGUAUGCCAUGAUGGAAGAUAAAUACUACAAAUACGGCAUCAAGCCAGAAUGGAUGAUCAUACACCGCAUCAUCAAUCACAGUGUGGAUAAGAAGGGCCUGUACCACUACCUGGUGAAAUGGAGAGACCUGACAUAUGACCAGUGCACCUGGGAGAGCGAUGACAUGGAUAUACCCGACUUUGAAAUUUACAAAGCGGCCUACUGGAGACAUAGGGAUAACAUAAUGAAAGACGAUGACCCAGACAAGCCCAGGAAAAUGAGAAACAGAAAUCAAAUUGAAGAAGGGGAGGACGGUUCUAUUCCUUCUCCAGUCAAUGAUCCAACGAUAAAAUACGAGGAACAGCCAGACUUUGUGACAUCGACUGGGGGCACUCUGCAUCUAUACCAGCUGGAGGGUCUGAACUGGCUGCGAUUCUCAUGGGCUCAGGGCACAGACACCAUCCUGGCCGAUGAGAUGGGUCUCGGCAAAACUAUCCAGACCAUCGUCUUCCUUUACUCACUUUUUAAGGAGGGCCAUACAAAGGGUCCGUUCCUUGUAAGCGCUCCACUUUCCACCAUCAUCAACUGGGAGCGAGAGUUUGAAAUGUGGGCUCCUGACUUUUAUGUGGUCACGUACACAGGGGAUAAGGACAGUCGAGCAAUAAUCAGGGAGAAUGAAUUUUCUUUUGAUGACAAUGCAGUCAAAGGAGGGAAGAAGACAUUCAAAUUACGGAGAGAGGCUCCUAUCAAAUUCCAUGUGCUGCUAACGUCAUAUGAACUUGUGACUAUUGACCAAACCGCUCUCAAGUCAAUCGACUGGGCCUGUUUAGUGGUGGACGAGGCUCAUCGACUGAAGAAUAACCAGUCCAAGUUUUUCAGGCGUCUUAACGAUUACAAAAUCGACCAUAAGCUGUUGCUGACCGGAACACCUCUGCAGAACAACCUGGAGGAGCUGUUUCAUCUGCUUAACUUCCUCACUCCCAACCGCUUCAAUAAUCUGGAAGGCUUCCUUGAAGAGUUUGCUGACAUCUCCAAAGAAGACCAGAUCAAGAAGCUUCACGACCUGCUCGGACCUCACAUGCUGCGGCGGCUCAAGGCUGACGUCUUCAAGAACAUGCCUGCAAAGACGGAGCUGAUUGUCAGAGUGGAGCUCAGCCUAAUGCAAAAGAAAUAUUACAAGCUCAUUUUGACCAAGAAUUUUGAGGCGCUGAACUCAAAAGGCGGCGGAAACCAGGUCUCCCUGCUCAACAUUAUGAUGGACCUCAAAAAGUGUUGCAACCAUCCCUACCUCUUUCCCAGUGCUUCCAUGGAAGCUCAAAAAACUCCCAAUGGUGCGUAUGAGGGCUCAGCUCUUGUGAAGGCCUCUGGGAAACUGAUGCUGUUGCAGAAAAUGCUCAGAAAACUCAAAGAACAAGGGCAUAGAGUGCUGGUUUUCUCACAGAUGACUAAAAUGCUGGAUCUAUUGGAAGACUUCCUGGACCAUGAAGGUUACAAGUAUGAACGGAUUGACGGAAGCGUCACAGGAGCUCUGAGACAAGAAGCUAUUGAUCGUUUUAAUGCUCCUGGUGCUUGUCAGUUUUGCUUCUUGCUGUCAACCAGAGCUGGAGGUUUAGGUAUUAACUUGGCCACUGCAGACACUGUCGUCAUCUUUGACUCUGAUUGGAACCCUCACAAUGACAUACAAGCCUUCAGUCGAGCUCACAGAAUUGGCCAGGCUAACAAGGUGAUGAUCUACCGCUUUGUGACCCGAGCAAGUGUAGAGGAACGCAUCACGCAGGUUGCAAAGAGGAAGAUGAUGCUGACCCACCUGGUUGUGCGGCCGGGGUUGGGUUCCAAGGCCGGCUCCAUGUCCAAACAAGAACUCGAUGACAUCCUCAAAUUUGGAACAGAAGAACUGUUCAAGGAUGAAGGAGAAGGUAUGAAGAAGCCCAUCGCAGAUAAAGCUGAGGAUGAGGGCAACGUGAUUCACUACGAUAGUUCUGCCAUCGAGAGGCUUCUGGACCGAAGCCAAGAUGCCACAGACGACACUGACGUCCAGAACAUGAACGAGUACCUCAGCUCCUUCAAAGUGGCCCAGUACAUGGUCCGCGAGGAGGAUAAGAUUGAAGAGAUCGAGCGGGAAAUCAUCAAACAAGAAGAGAACGUGGAUCCGGAUUAUUGGGAAAAGCUGUUGCGGCAUCACUAUGAGCAGCAACAAGAAGACCUGGCGAGCAAACUGGGAAAAGGCAAACGGAACCGCAAACCCGUCAACUACAAUGACGCAGCGCAGGAGGAUCAAGAGUGGCACGCUGACAUUUCAGACAAUCAGUCCGAGUACUCAGUGGGCUCCGAGGAAGAGGACGAAGACUUUGACGACAGGCCAGAAGGUCGGAGGCAGUCACGUCGGCAGCUCCGUAACGAUAGAGAUAAGCCUCUCCCUCCUCUCUUGGCUCGAGUGGGAGGCAAUCUCGAGGUGCUGGGCUUCAACACACGGCAGCGCAAGGCUUUCCUGAACGCGGUGAUGCGCUGGGGAAUGCCAUCUCAGGACGCUUUCUCCUCUCAGUGGCUCGUCAGAGAUCUCAAGGGCAAGACUGAGAAAGAAUUCAAGGCAUACGUCUCCCUCUUCAUGCGUCACCUGUGCGAGCCAGUGGCAGACGGAGCCGAGACCUUCGCUGACGGUGUCCCCCGGGAAGGCCUCUGCCGGCAGCCGGUCCUCACGCGGAUUGGUGUCAUGUCACUUGUCAAAAAGAAGAUUCAAGAGUUUGAGCACAUUAACGGCCGGUGGAGUAUUCCAGAACUCAAACCUGAAGUCACUGUGGACAAAUCCUCCUCGCGGGCAUCUUCUCCAGCCAUGAAAACUGCCACUCCCACACCAGACGCCAGCUACAACAACACACCAUGCACCUCAGAGCCAGCCACUCCAGCUCCAUUAGACAAGACUGAAAAGAAUGUAAAAGAUGCAGAGAAGGAGGAGGAGAAGGAGGAAAAGGUGCCAGACAAAGAGAAAGAAAAGGACCACAGCAAAGAGGAGAGCAACAAAAGUGCUGAGCCAGAGGAGGACACAUCACACACUGGAUCUCCUAGUCAGAAACCUGAAGGCAAAGAAGACGGCGAAGCAAAAGAGGUUCAGAAUAAAGACGAAACAAAACCUGCUUCGGACGAGGAGACAAAAGCACAGGAGGAAAGUAAAGAUGACGUCGCAAAACCAGACAUCAAAGACCAGAAAACAGAGGAAGACAUCGACAGAGAAGAAGAAAAGGAAGAAAAGGAAAAGAAUAAGCCCGAGAAGCCCGAGGACACUUCCACGACAGACGCAGCUGACGUCAAAGCCAAGACCGAGACGUCAGACACAAAGAAAGAGGAAGUUAAAGGUGAAAGGGAGGCCGUGAAAGAAGUGAAGGCAUCAAAGGACGACGUACCCAAGGGGAACGGGAAGUGUCCCACAGAAAGGCCCCGCUUCAUGUUUAACAUCGCUGACGGGGGAUUCACUGAGCUCCACACUCUCUGGCAGAACGAGGAGCGCGCCGCCAUCUCCUCCGGGAAGAUGAACGAGAUCUGGCACCGGCGACACGACUUCUGGCUGCUGGCUGGGAUCGUGGUACAUGGAUAUGCUCGGUGGCAAGACAUCCAGAACGACCCCCAGUUUGCCAUCGUCAAUGAGCCUUUCAAGUCACAGGCAAAUAAGGGCAACUUCCUGGAGAUGAAGAACAAGUUCCUAGCACGACGAUUUAAGCUGUUGGAGCAGGCGCUUGUGAUCGAGGAGCAGCUGCGGCGGGCGGCGUACCUGAACAUGACGCAGGACCCCAGUCACCCGGCCAUGGCCCUGAACGCUCGCUUCACCGAGGUGGAGUGUCUGGCGGAGUCUCACCAGCACCUCAGCAAAGAAUCUCUGUCAGGGAACAAGCCGGCCAACGCAGUCCUUCACAAAGUGUUGAACCAGUUGGAGGAGCUGCUGUGCGACAUGAAGGCCGACGUGACCCGGCUUCCCGCCACCCUGUCCCGCGUCCCCCCCAUCGCCGCACGGCUGCAGAUGUCGGAGCGGAGCAUCCUGAGCCGACUGGCCAGCAAGGGCACGGAGACGCACACGGCCCCGCCCAUCCCUCCCGGACCCUACGCCACCCCCCAGAACUACGGAGCAGCCUUCACCCCCGCACCCCCCAGCGCCCUGCACCUCGGAGGGGCCAACUACAGCCAGAUGCCGCCCGGAUCGUUCAUAUCAGAAGCCGGCGGCGAGUCCUCGGGAGGGGUGUGCCCCAAGACCAAGGAGCACGACGUGGGGCAGCGGCAGCGCGUGGUGGACCUGUGGAAGGACGGCAAGUCAGAAGGGGCCAUAGGCUUAGAGCUGAGGAUGCCCAAGUCAACGGUCCACAGCAUUAUAGUUAAAUACCGCCUAAGCAACACUGUAGAGAACUUGCCACGCAAUGGACGACCAAAGAGACCCGGACAGGACAAUGCAGGAAUCCCCUUGCGCCGUGGAGCUGUACAUCAGAGUGACAUCGCAGAGUCGCAGCAGAACCAAGUCAUCUGCUUCUUACAGUUUCUUAGUCGUUUGGAGAUCGGCUUCAAAGAAGUGUUGAACGGGCCUCCAAUGUCUGUGAAGAAGGAGCGCGAGGCCGAGUUUCUCAUCAACCGACGGGAGCAGCGCAGCGGAGAGGUCAUCUGCAUCGACGACUAG